GACAGUGUCUCAGUGUGUGUGUGUGUGUGUGUGUGUGUGAGAGAGAGAGAGUGUAAGUGUGUGUGUGAUGAAUGAAUAGAAGCUCCCGGAUGAUGGGAUGAACCUGCAUCACACUUUGUUGCUUUCUUGACAAUGAAACCAGUCGGUGUGGAGGAGAUCAGAGGAGCGGCCACGCGCUGCUACUUCUCCUCGAGUUUGGAGGAGCUGAGAUGAUGAGGAGGAGAACCUGAAGCUGCUUCUGGAGGACGCACGAGAGAGGUGAGGUGGCCAUCAUGUCCCUGUGGAUGAUCCUCCCCGUCAGCCUGCCCGUCUUCACCAUCACUGGGAUCUGGGUCGUAUACGCGAUGUCCCUGUACAACCAGCAUGUCUGCCCUGUGCACAACUGGCUUUAUAACGAUUCAUGUGAGGAGCAGCUUCCACUACAGAGGGGUCCAGUUCUGUGCUGCACUCUGGACAACAUCCCACUCAUCAGUAAAUGUGGAACCUUGCCACCUGAAAGCUGCUUUUUCAGCCUCAUAUGCAGCACUGGAUCCUUCAUGGUGAUGCUGAUCGGUCUGCUGCGUUACGCUCACGUCAUAGAGAAGCAUCAGAACUGUGUCCUCAACACGGCCGGCCUCUCCACCGCUUGGAUCUGUGCCGCCGGUCUCAUCAUGGUGGGAAACUUCCAGGUGGAUUUCGCCAAAGUCCUCCACUACGUGGGAGCCGGCGUGGCGUUUCCCUCCAGCAUGCUGUUUGUGUGCCUCCAGUCGGCUUUGACCUACAGACUGGCAAAGACCCAGGACGAGUACCGAGUAGGUCACCUCCGUGUGGGGAUGGCCCUGCUGGCUCUGGUCGCCCUGGUGCUCAGCGGAGUUUUCUUCUGCCAGGAGAGCUUCGCCCUGCAGCACGCCUCCGCCAUCUUCGAGUGGAUCUACUGCAUGCUCAUCAUGCUCUUCUACGGGACUUUUGCCUUCGAGUUCGGGGGAAUGUCCGGCGACACUCUGCUGGUCCUCUCCAGAGGAGGAGGAGGAGGACGAGGAGGAGGAAGAGGAGGAGGAGGAGGGGUGCAGAGCUUCUCCACCUCUGGACACAAGAUGGAGGCCGGCGGCGGCUCCAACCACCACCAGCCGGAGAACUUAUCGAUGCUGUAAUCGAGCUGCAGACGUCCCUGGAGGUCAAAGGGCGACACGUGGGCCGAUCUGGAGUGUAGAGAGCUUGCAAGCUGCAUCCUGAGUUUCCUCAUACUCACUUUUGCACACAGCCGCCGUGCCGAAGCUGCUCUGCUCAGCAGUGACCAAAGACUAAAGGACUUCUGUCCUGCUUUGUUCAAGCAAUGCACGAUAUCCCAAGUGCCUUUCUGAACACUGACAAAGAUACGCUCACACAGUCCUCGCUGUUUGAAUCUUCUUAAUGCAACAAUCACUCUCCACAUUCCUGGCCUUUUUAUCAGUCUGAGCGUCCUGAGGGGGGCUCAGAUUCAGUCGGUUUGUUUGAAUGUUUUAGACGUUCACACACAGAGCUCUGUGUUGUUUGUUUUUUUACUCAGGAAGUUUUGUUACAUAACCAGCUUUUUGCUCUUUUACCUCACAAAAGUAAGGAAGAUUUCCAAAAGACGUCUGACAAUAGAUGGACUAAAGGUUACUGAGUGCCAAGAAGAAUUCCUUUAAUCAUGUGGUUUUAGUUGUUUCAUGAGAGGAAUAUCUGUCCUUAUGUUGAACAGUUUUUAUGAUGUCCACAGAAACAUUUUGUGCAACUCUUUAUGUGCCAUGGAUGGAUUACUGAGCGAGUCUAAAUGGCACAGGCCCAGGAGCCCAAAGUGUCAGGGGCCACCCUGGCCUUCACCUACAAACCUACCAGCCAGAACAAAACAGCUGCAAGGAGAUGCAAAACUGCUGCACAGAGACACAAAACAACCACAACGACAUGUAAAACGACUACAAAGACACACAAAGAAACUACAGAGAUGCAAAAACGCUUCAAAGAGACACACAACAACUUCAACGACCUGUUAAAUGACUACAAAUUUAAUUUUACUUGCAAAUUUCCCCACUGCGGGAAUAAUAAAGGAUUAUCUUAUCUUAUCUUAUCCUACAAAGAGACACAAAGCAACUACAAGGUCAAGUACACGACUACAAAAAGAUGCACAAAACAUCGACCAGUAAAACAACAACAAAGAGACCAAAACCACAGAGAGAUACGUUACGACGACAAAUAGACACAAGACCAUAAGAAAAGAGGCUGAACAACUAUAAACUCUGUGUGUCUUGCUGAAGGAGAGGUGUUGGGGCCUCCUACGUGACUGUGGGGCCCCUAAUCCACCCAUGAAUCUAGAAGCUGUCUCACAUUGUCUCAUGUUGCACAAAUAUAAGCUCUGUUGCAUAUUUUUUUGUAUCAGCUCUUUGUCCCCUCUUUGAAUGGGACCAAACUUUUUGAAUUUACUGUAUUUAAUCAUAUGCAGAAACACUUAAACAAGAACAUAAAGUUCAAUGAUGUAU